UCCACCCCACGGCACCCGUGGGGGGGUCCCUCCGGAGGGGUGUGUGUGGGAAAAGCCCUUUUCUCCCACCUGGGCGCCCGGUGCGGCUCGUCCCCGGGGUGCAGCCACCUCCAGCCUGUAAAUCAUUUGCUUUUACGAUCCCUCCCCUGGCCCGUUAUCACACGAACUUUAUAUGUUUGGGGCUGCUGGUGGCCAUAAAGCUGGCCUGGUUUCCGGGGCUGGCAUGCCCACCUCGAAGGCAGGGUGUGAGGAGGAGGAGGAGGAGGAGGCUGGGGACACGCUGCCCCGUCCCCCCCCGAGGGGCAGGUAGGCAGGGGGGGGUGCAGCAGUGCCCUGGGGAUGGUCAGACCAGUGGGGACUGGGAUAUGGACUGGUUAUAGCCCUGGGGUGGGGAUGGAGCAGGGAGGGCUGGGAGUGAGUUGGGGGGCACUGGGCUCCCCCAGGGUGUGAGGGGGCAGGAGUGGGGUCCCAGCUCUGGUCGUUCAGUCCCUCUUCUCCCCAUCCUGCUGGGCUGGAGGACACACAGAUCCUCUGGCUCACAUCUCCCUGGGUCCCAGAGGGACCUUUGAUGGGUCCAUGUCUAACCUCUGCACCUGGGGAUCGUAGGUCCAGGAGCAUCUGGACCCCAGUUCAGUGCUGGGGGUCCUCCCAGGACCUGUCUUGCCCAGGAUGCUGGGUCCAAGCCCUGGACCCAGAUGCUGAGUGUCCUGGUUGUAUGGUCUGAUUGCCACCUCCUCUCUCUGCCUGCUGUCCCCAGGGCUCUGCUCCUCCUCGCAGUGUCCCCUCUCCAUCUCCUCCUGCCGAAGCCUGGACACGGUCCCCUCGUGUCUCCUGAGCUCCAGGUCUCGCAGAGAGAAUUGGGUGAGGCUGUACUGGGUCUGCCCUUCGGCUGCUCUCAUCCUCCCAGUUCCACCUCCUCCCUCGCAGUGGGACCCUCCGCAGCCUCCGUCCCCUCCUUUGGGUCACCCCUUGGUUCGAGCCCCACAUGGGAACCUCAUGGGGGUCUCGCUGGCUGAGUCCUGCCAAAUCCCAGCACACGGGUUGGAGGGGAUGGACACCCAGCUGUGAGCAGCUCCUCCCCGGCUGUAAAUCAGCGUCGCCCCCUGAACCAUCCCACCCACCCCGAGAUGGGAUCUGGCUGGUGAGGGAUGGGGGAACCCUCUGAUGCUCUUCUCGGCAUCCUCCUGGCUGCAGACUGGGAUGUGUCACGUCUCUGCAGGGGUCCGGGGGCUCCAGCUCACCACCCUGGGCUUUAGUGGGACCUUCCCAGGUGAGGAGCUCAGUGGGAGCAGGUAACGGCUCCCAGGAGGCUGUUUUGCCUCUGUGGCCCCUUCCCAUCCUGGCAGGGAGCUCACAAACCCUUCCCCGGGCCGGCCCUGCCCUUCCCAUUCACCUUCAUCUUUCCGUUAAGCAAAUUGGCGUCCGGAUCAAUGGUGGGUGUCCUGGGGGAGAGACUCAUUCACCAGCUGCGUCUCCCCGCUCGGGGUGAGCAUCUCCCUUGAGAUGGGCUGGAGGGGGCAGCCGGGGAGGCUCUGCGGGCAGGAAAAAACCCAAAUCUAAGCAGAUCCGUGUCCUUUUCUUUCCGGGGAGGGGGAUGGGAGAGGCCAGAUCUUGCUUGAACAGUCAAAGUAAGUUGCCUUUGCUUUUCCCUGCUCUUCAAGGUCAGCCUAGCUAAUGAAAAUCAAUCUUCCCUCUGCCUCUCUCUGCUGCAUGAGCACAUUCUACCUGUGGCCCCUCACCUAUUUGAAAGCCUCCACUGGCCACCGGCCGCCUGGUCUGCUGGCCAUCUGCGCAGCCGGCGGGGAGCUUCCUAUGGAAACGGGCUCUUCCUGCGGGUCUGGGCACCGUGACAAGGAUUUUUAGAUGUGCCCUGAUGCCGCAGGGUCUCCUCGCGCCUGGAAAUGCAGCUCUCUUCCAGCGUGGCUGAACUCAGUUGCGACGAGACGAUGGACCCCCCCGCCGAGGACUUCCAGCAGGUCCUGUCCAUUGACCAAAUCCGCUCCAUCCGCGCCAGCAACAACUACGUGGAGAGACCGGCCGCCUGCUUCCAGCAAACCCGCUCCAACCCCUCCCUCUCCCAGCCGCCCCACAAGCAAGAGUGGUCCCAGGACCGCCUGGCGUCUUCCACCUUCCAGGACCUGCACCGCAGCCACAGCCAGCAGCACCCCAUGCCACCGCUGCAGCAGCACCUCAGCCAUUCCAGCACGGCCAGUUCCGUCUCCCAGAGCACCACCGCCUCCGACCAGCGGCUCCUCAGCAGCCUCACCCCCUCCCACUCCGGCCAUUCCCUCAUCCGGACACAGCAGCCCCGGGCCGGCGAGCUGAAGGCGGAGGAGUCGCCGCUGAAAGGCCCUGGGGAGAAGCCCGCCCUGCACCCCGGCCACCUCUUCGUCUGCGAGGAGUGCGGGCGCUGCAAGUGCCCCCGCUGCACGGCCGCCCGCAGCCUGCCCUCCUGCUGGCUCUGCAACCAGCGCUGCCUCUGCUCCCCAGAGAGCCUCCUCGACUACGGGACCUGCCUCUGCUGCGUCAAGGGGCUCUUCUACCACUGCUCCACCGACGACGAGGACACCUGCGCCGACGACCCCUGCUCCUGCGGGCCGGGGUCCUGCUGCGCCCGCUGGGCCGCCAUGAGCUUCCUCUCCCUCCUCAUGCCCUGCCUCUGCUGCUACUUUCCCACCUUGGGGUGCCUCAAACUUUGCCAGCGGGGUUACGACGGCCUGAAACGGCCCGGCUGCCGCUGCCAGAGCCACACCAACACGGUCUGCAGGAAGAUCUCCUCCUCCAGCGGCACCCCUUUCCCCAAGACGCUGGAUAAGCCGGUAUGACCCUCCCGGGGAGGAGAAGCAGGCUUUACUCCUCUUCCUCCUCCUCCUCCCACCCCUCCUUUCCCUUCCCUCCCCUUUCUCCUGCGGCUCCCUCCGCUCUGCAGCGCUCCUCCCCUGCCCACCAUCACCUCCUGGGAAGGAGACGGGUGAACUGGGGGUCCCCCAGCCUCUGGGUGGCCAUGGGAGCUGGUGGGAAAUGGUUUUGCACGCUCGGGUGAGGGACAGGGAGAGGCAGAGAGAGCUGUGGGUGCCCUCCCAGGCCGUGCCCGGGGGGCUCCUCAGGACUCUUCUCUCAGAGGGUCUCUGGAGCUGCUGCUGCCCCGUGGUGUGGUCCUUCCCCAUGGGGGGAAGAAGCAGGUCGUCAACGCAUCCCCUGUGCAAGAGCCCUCCAGGAACCAGACCCCCUUCUCUCCCUCUUUCUCCCUCUCCAGCACUUUUCAUGGGUGACCUCCCUCCUCUCACCCGGCUGUAGGUCUGCUUUCCCCAUGGGGCUGGGGUGCCGUGGGGUCCCACCGGUGGCCGUGGCUUCCCUCUGGGCUUGGGAGCCACUGGGAGAAGCCAGCGAGCUCCAAAAUGAGGUGGCAUCGUAUUUUUCUGUCUUGAAGAGGAAGGGAAGGUGUGGGAAGCUUUAGAAACCUUCUGGCAGGGGAAGGAGCUCUCGGAGGCAGCCCAGCCCACUCGCUUCUGCCCGACUGCAGCGAGGGAAAGGUCCCCUCUGGGAUUUGGCUGAGAACAAGAAGCUGGUUUUGAAAUUGCCAUUCAUUUCUCAAUGCACUUGAAGGGCUGCCUCCGGAGCGCAAACCCCGGCGGGAUGGGAGCUGCCGCCCCAGCUCCAUCCCACCACCGAGCAGAUGCCACAGGGCACCGGCUCCGUGCUCGAGCCCCGAGAAUCUGGUACCUUCCACCAGCACUGAAUUCACUUUAAAAAACACACCCCAAACCCGACUGUCGACAUCUGCCAACUCGCACCGCACUGCUCUUAGCACCCACCCUGGGGGACUCCCCCACAGGGUCUUCUGCAGCUCCUGCCUUGGGCUGGAGGGAAACGGGGAGCAGAAGGGGGCAUUGAGAGAUGGGAGCCCCACCUUCUUCCCCUGCAGAAGUUGCCUUUGGGUCCUCACCUGGCUUUCCUUGGCCCCACCGGCGUGUCACACCAACACCAGCGUCACCAGGGUUUUCCUGCUGGCACUGCUGAAGGGAAUUAAUCCCACAGCGGCGUCUGCCUGUGGCAAACCAGAGAUGGGGCUGGACCAAGCCCUGGGGCUGGGCCAUCUGCAGACCAGAAGGAAACCUCUCUUGGGGUCAGGGCUUCAUGGUUGCCUUGCUGGGGUGAUAAUAAGCCCAACCUGUCGCUGCAGUUGGGGGGAGCUCCUCCUGGUCCUGGGCUCAGCCCCAUCUCUGCUUGCAGACCCGUUGGGACCCUACUGAUGGGUCGGGGGCAGUUUGGAGCCAGAAUGAUGUCCCAGUGCUGGGCUCUGUCCCCCUGUCCCUUUUCCCGAGGUGCGUGAGAGCAGAGGGAAGUGAAUGGUUCCCCUGGAGAAAUAUAUGCAACGUGUCCCUUGGCUUCCUCCAAGACCCUGCCAUCCAGGGCUCGUCCAUCGCCUUCCCUCAGCCACCUCUUUGCGUAGAGUUCUGUGGAUCUAUUUUUGUAUAUAUAAAUAUAACGUUAGGAUGGCUUAGGUCUAUUACUAAUAAUAUUCAUGAUACUGCUGUGAAUGGUGCCAGAUGCGAGGUUUGGCUGCCUGGUGUACUUGCACAUGCUGGAAGAUGGUUUCCCCAUCCUGUUUGUUGCUAACCCUAGACCUUUAGUUCCCGGGUGGUCGGGAGAGGGGGAGAGGGAGGUUUUAGGGACUGUGCUGGGGGCAAGGGGGGGGUUUGGCUUUGCAGAGAGGGGGUAGGGUAGGAUUGAGGGCUGCAGGGUGAGGCAGGAGGCAGACUCUCACGCUGGGAUUCCUCUUUCUGUACAUUCGCUGCCGAAAACUCGCGGCUGCUCCAAGCUCCCUCUGUUGCAGAGAAAAGCGGUUCCAGGGAGUGAUUCAUCCCGCUUGACAACAUUAUUCAUUAAAUUAUGUUCUGGCAGCGCCUGUCUCCCCUGACCCAGAUGGGACCCAAACAUUGAAGGGGGGGAUGAAUCCCAUCCCCGGGGCAAAGUUUGUGCCGGGGGCGUGUUACGGACACGACCGAGAUCCUCACCCUUGAUUU